AUGGAUUCGACAGCGAAACGCAAUGCGGAUCAUUUCCAAGUUUUUGAGGAAUGCAAUUUGCGAGAGAAACGCGAGACGAAGGAUGGCAUCAAUUCGUCGCGGAAUUUCCAAACUGCAAGCAGUAUGCCGUGGUUGGUCAGUGAGACAAGCUACAAGAACGCAGGUUCUUAUGCACAUGUGGAGAGCUCUCGUUUGUUUCAGCAUGUUUGGUGCAAAUGUAUUGACCUCAUCGGAAAUACGAUGGUUGGCGCUUCUGAGUGGUCAUCAAUCCGUGACUCAACAGUUGAUUUUGUGAAAUCGUCCGAAGAACUACAAGCUGAUGAGGGUAUUAUUGUCAACGACAUCAGCACCACUCGUGAAAUUUCAGACGAUAUGAUUGAGACGUUGGAAGUGCUUGAUACUGCCAUGGAAAGUGUCCAAAAUACCAUCUUUGACAAUGCGUCAAACCAACCAAACGUUGAUGAUAAUGAAAUCAGAAAGAUGUCCCGACCGAUGCCAUCUCCAGAUAUGAGCAAAACAAUGGACGAAAUUGCAUACAAAACCAUCCAGUAUACUCCUCACGUUGUCAAGUGGCUGAAGCAGGGAGAUUCCAAAUACAGAGAUUUCUUCGUUCGUCGCAUCACCCAGCUUUCUCAAGGUGAGCGGAGCCGUAUCCUUGCCAAACGACUGAAAGGCAGCAAGACGGUCACCGUGUACGAGACCUAUUUGGAACAAAAGUCAGGCUUUCGAAUUUUGUGGACCGAAGAAGGUGCCAACAUGCUGAUCUGGUAUGUUGCAAAGCACGACAAUGUAUCUCGGAUGGUAAGGCUGAUUGAUGACUCUAAUGCUCGAAGCAACCGACAACUUGUGCCUGGUGAUAGCUUGUUUGUUGACGUGUCUGAAACGAUGGAUCACAAUACGAAUCCAAGUCGUAUCAUGUUAGAUCCGACUGGAAAUGUUCCUCUGAAAGUAUAUCAGUUUGGUGGCAUCGAUGAGGUCGGCCAAGUCGUGGAAGACUCUUGGACGCCCCGUUUGAAGUUGACCGAUGAAGAACGAGACAUCGUCGAGACGACGGGGACCGUGUUGCUUCUAGGUAGAUCGGGAACAGGAAAGACUGUUUGUAUUUUGAGUCGAAUGGACUACGAUCGUCAGGUCAAUGUGCACGACUUGACUUUCACACAGCUCUUUGUAGCUCGGUCUCGUCGGUUGUGCAAGUAUGUAUCAGAGACUGUGGGACAGACACAGAAUCCAAAUGGUAAUGCCAAUGGUGGUACAACCGUGGUAACGACAAGCAUGACCUUUACCACAUUUGAUGAGUUGUUGUCGAGGUUGGAGUACGCACUACCCAGAGUGGAUAAUAUUCGAGAUAUGUUUCGGCGCAGCGAACGGAUGACUUUUCAAAGAUUCAAGACGGAGGUGUACUCGGGCGACAAAGGCAUCGACCCGUUGCUGGUAUGGUCAUGUAUCCGAUCCUUCAUCAAGGGAUCCAUCGAGGCUACAACACAGCUGCAGGCAGACAAUCAUGUCGUGGAUCGACAGUCGUUCUUGAAUUUGGAGAUCUUUGGUAGCAGGCGUUGUCGCCUGGGUGUCGACGAGCAGCGACCCAUCGUGUACGAUAUCUUUGUGAAGUACCAGCGGUAUAUGGAAGAGUACAACCUGUGGGACGACUGCGAUCGCAUCAUGGCGCUGUUGCAACGGCUGGAGUCAUCCAAGACCACCGCUCCCGACAUUUACCACCAAAUCCGCAAGCGAAAGAUCUAUGUGGAUGAAAUCCAGGACUACACUCAAGCGGAGAUUUUGCUGUUUUUCUAUUUGAGCGGACCUGGCGAUCUGUUCUUGGCUGGCGAUCCAGCACAGAGUGUCGUAGAGGGAGUUGAGUUUCGAUUUGAAGACAUCCGUUCCGUCGAAUAUCAUAUCGCCAAGGACAAGAGUGGGCUGUUGCUGCAAAAGCCAAAGACGGUCAAUGUCAAUUACCGCAGUCACGCUGGUAUUCUGAACACGGCUGGAGCCAUCUUGUCGUGCAUGUUUGGUGCGUUUCCUCAUAGCGCCAAGCAGCUGAAGGAAGAUCGAGGUGUCUUUGUGGGUCCAAGACCUGGAGUGCUGUACAAGGUAUCGACCGCAAUGGUCGAGUCUGUCAUCAAGACCAAGCUAAACGGAACGAUGAUCUUGGUCCACGAUUCCAGUGUAUCUCGUUGGCGUCGUGCUUUGGGUGGAUACGCCUUGGUGUAUGGUAUUCGUGCGGCCAAGGGUUUGGAAUUCAAGAGUGUGAUGGUGUUGGGAUUCUUUGGUGAGCUUCCAGAUGGCAUUCAAAAGCCAUGGCGAGACUUAUUGCUGGGUAGAGCCAAUGAUGAAUAUCAGAAUUUGUAUCCAGAAGUGGAAGGUCACAUGAAGUUGUUGUAUACAGCUGUGACUCGUAGCAUUGAACGUUUGUUCUUUGUGGAAAUAGAAGGCAGCGUUGCGGGAGAUGCCUUUGUCCGUUGGAUCACGACGACGUCCAUGGCGCGAAACAAGACUCGUAAGGGAACCGAGUCGCAAUCUGCAUCAUCAUCUUCGACGCCAUUGGUUCCACUGGCGAGUCGCAACAAGGUGGACGAUGUGGAGAAUAUGACAAUGACGAGGGACGAAUGGCUAUCGUCAGGGAUGGACAAUGCGGAAGCCGCGGAAGUAGAGGAAGACUUGUCGGCAGCCGAAUCAUUGUGGGACAAGGCCAUCUAUUGCUUUCGAGAGGCCGGAGAUGAUGGUUUGGCCCGCAAGGCGCGAACGCAUCGAUCGAGCGUUCGGUUUCAAAUGAGACUCCCUGUCCUGACACCAGGGGGCCAUGGAAAAGAUAAGUCAAUAGUGGGCGACGAUGAUGGUGAAUUGUCAUCGGAAUAUCAUCUGUUGGAGAUGGAAGGCGCAAGCGUCGUGGAGUCACUAUUGUAUGAGGGUCUGGUAGAGGAAGCGAAGAAUCUGUGUCGAGGGUUGGUUCCAUUUAUGUCGGAGGAAUCAGUCGAUCAUCUACAGCGCAAGAUCAUUCGACGAUUGUGA